CGCUGUCUCAGCUCAACUGAAGACCCGCGUUCACAAAUUUGCGAGUUAAUAAACAGGUUCCGGAACAACACAGACCUUAAGGUAAAAUCGAGGCAAGCCUUCAACAUGGCACCUUUCACCAAUCCAGUAUUGCAGUCAUUCCUCAGUGUUGCAGUGCCCUUGGCAGUAUUGGUCUUGAUCGUUCACUCUGGGUUAUUUGACAGUAUAAAAGUGGAGACGGGUUAUGACCAUUAUGCCGAGCCAGCAGAUUCUAAGCUCGGUCCAAUACCUUUCCCCAGCUGCAUCAAAAUGCCAGCAAAUGCCUUGGUGAAUAUUGGAUACAUGCUUGUUGCUAUGUACUGGGGAAUCUAUAUAUUUAUUUCCAAUAACCAACUGACGUCAAUUCAGAAUAUGGAUGCAUAUUUGAUGUAUGUUCUGGUGUGGAUGAUGUUUCUUUACGCUCCUGUCCAAUUUGCUAGGAUCAUUACUCAGAAGCAAGAGUGGGCCAUUCUGGAUCAGUGGGUGACGUUACCUAUAUUUGCAUGGGUGAUGGUGACAUGCAAGACAUUAUUAACCGAUUGGCAACCAAAAUUUGUGGUGCUCACAAUCUUGGCAUCCCUCAUGAGCUACAAUCUUGUGUUUACAAUGGAGCAGGGCUUUGAUAUUGCUCUACUACCCCAUAUUGUGUAUGCUGUCUCUGCCAGUUGGGACCUUUGUUCAAAAUACACACCUCCAGGCUACAGAAGAGACUUUGGUAUGGCUGUAUUGAUGUGUGCUGGCUUUGUUGUCCUGAAAGUAUGUGACUUUCAUCUUGCUCAGUUUUGGAUUUUUCAAGAGCUCACUGGUCAUUUUUGGUCAAAGGUCUGUGAUGCUCUUCAGGCCCACUUUGCUUUGCAAGUGCUCUUCAAAGUUAGUCUUAUCAGGGGAGCAAGAAAUCUAGCUAAAAAGUUGUUUUGAGAAGUAUUUGUUGACUUGUGCCAUAACAAAAAUGAAUAGACAAUUAAAGACAAAGGCAAUAAAUCCAAUAAAUGAUCUACUAUUAGAUAGUAGAUCAUGAUCCAAAAAUGACAUGUGCCAUUUUAGUGAAUUUUUAAUGUAUAAUAAAUUAGCCAGCUGUUUUUUUUUCUUAACUCCAUGCGCCAUUUUUUUAAGGUAUUACAAGUAUAAUAUCAAAAAGGUAGAAAGGAUUAUCAAGAAUCAGGGGAUAUGAUUUCAAUGUGUGAUUAAUGUUUUUUGUGAGUGUUGUUUAUACAUUAACAUGUGGGUGCCAUCAUUUGCACAUAGACAAUAUAAAGGGAACUCUUAUGAAUAUCCUUGAUAAUGUGUUGACAAAUCAUUUGAAGAUAAUCUGUACUGUUUUUGUACAUAUUCUAAAGAUAUUGUGUUAAUUUAUAUAUAGAAUUGAAACAAAAAUGGCUUGAAAAUGUAAUUGCCAUUAAAUUCCUACAUUCCAAAUCAAUAAUGAAUUACUGAUUUGCAUUCCAUUUAAUCCACUAUUUGCCUGAGAAUCUAUUAAAGAAUAGUGUGAUAUUGUGUAUAUCGAAAUAAUAAUGUAGUUUGGUGACAAAGGAUGCAGUUGUCAUUUUGAAGUGAUGUUUAUACUGCAAUGCUCUUGUUGAUCAGUAUUUUCCCUUUAUUAUGAUGCACCUAAAAACCACUGUUCAUUCACUAUUAUGUAGUUAGUGAAAUGUUAUUUUAGAUUUCCAGUUCGUGAGUUGCAAUUUGCAUGUACUUGUGGUAUGUAGGUAAGGUUACCCUCCCACCCC